ACUACAGGUGCAGUAUAUGUAGUGUACGUGUGUCGACGUACGUUUGUACCUUGGGCUAAGCUUAUACUUAUUAGGCCUAGCUGGUCAUUUCCAACUUUCAAAACUUAGGCCUAUUUCUUUGUAUUUACCGAUGCUCAGUUCAGCUCCAAUCAGCAGUUAGAGGAACAGUUUGUUAUUGAGGUACUUGAGACACUCAUCCCUGGGCCAUUUCCCCCUGCUGAUCUUGAGGGAGAAAUAUUUCUCAUCAUGGCAGUGUCAAAGAAGAAGACUGAAGAUGACAUUGAGCCAUUCUUCACAGCUGCUCAGUACAAAGAACUGUCAGAAUAUGAGAAGCUGAGACUGAGAAACAUCAAAGAAAAUUAUGACAUGAUGACAGAAAUUGGACUGAAGGUACCUAUGCCAGAGUUCAUGAAUGGGCCAUUUCGCAAGAGAAAGCCAAAAUACGUGGAUUCAAGUGACAGUGAUGAAGAAUGGACACCAGGAGGACUCCCAUUGUGUCGGAAAAAGAGGGCAUUUUCUGUUCCAGUGAAGAAGCAGAAGAAACUGGGCUCCAUCUUCGAGAAAUCUAAGGGUCCCUCUUCAAAAGCACCCAAGCAAAGAGAUGAUGAAGACACUUUUGACUACCUUGGUCGUGUGACAAUCAACGAUGACGGUGACUUAAUACCAGUAGAAAAUCCCCAAUCUGAUCUGACACCUCCUGAACUGAAAAAGAAAUCGAGCCAAAAAACAGGUUUGGACAGGUCAAAGCAACCACAACGCCGAUACCCUCAACGAGUUGGUGCUACAAAAAGCUACAAGGAACUGGAUGGGCCCAGUGAUGACAGCUAUGUGUACUGUGAAGAUUGUCACGAGCUGUACGAGAAAGACUGUCCGCAGCACCCAUUGACCAUCAUUGGAGACUCUCUGGUCCCCAAAGGGUGCAGAGAACACGCCAAGCAAAGUCUUCCCCAGGGAUUGGUUGUCAAAGAAGCCGGGAUUGAGAAUGCUGGUCUGGGGGUUUGGGCAGAGAAAUCUUUUCCCAAAGGUGUGAGGUUUGGACCUUAUGGAGGAGAGAUUGUGGGAGAAGAUGUAGGCCAAGACAGUGGCUACGCAUGGGAGGUUUUUGGUCACAGUGGAAAAAGCCAUUAUGUGGAUGGCAAGAACCCUAACAAAGGCAACUGGAUGCGAUACGUCAACUGCGCGUGUUCCGAAGCAGAGCAGAACCUCAUCGCCUACCAGUACUGUGGCCAGAUCUACUACAGGAGUUUCAAGCCAAUCCACCCAGGCCAGGAGUUAUUGGUAUUCUAUGGGGAGGAAUACGCCACUGAGCUAGGAAUUGUGAUGACUACAGCUGAUGAUGUCCAAAAUGAAAAAAAUAAAGAGCGACAUCCAUGUCCAAAGUGCAGCAAGAUCUUCACUGAUUACAAGUUUUUAGCAGCACACAUUCGGCAUUCCCACCAGUCUUCAAAAGAGUGGUAUGACUACCUGAAGCAACAGAAAAUCAAGGUGUCUACCUUCAAUGUCAAUGCCUGUAACAUCAAAGUGGCCUCUCAAAUGAAUCAUUCUCUCAGUGGUAAGAAGAAGUGGCUCAGGAAAAGGACUUUUCAGCAAAAAUCUUCAGUUGAUUUCAAACCCACAGUCUCAGCUGUACCCAGUGCUGCUGCCAAGUGCAGGCGGAACUACGUUUGCCGUUUGUGUGGAGUGUUUUUCAGCACUGAUGUAUCUUUGACAGAGCACAACCAAACAGCACACCAUGAUCAAGUUGCAACACAUCUAUCAAAAACUUGUCAAGAGGUUGCAAAUAAAAAACGCACCAACAUCAAAGAGAAAACAAAGAAGAGUACUUGCAGUGAAUCUAUGAAGAGUUAUGUUGAUGGAGAAAAUGGAAAAAUGCUGCAUACAUGCAGCCAGUGUGAUAAAUCAUUCAAAUGGAGUAGGGCACUUGAGGAUCGCCACUUUGACAAAUCAUCCACGCAGAGAGGUGCCUUGAUGAAGUGCAUCACAAUUAACAGUUCACAGUACUGA